CGAAAUGCAGGGGUCUGGUGGUGGUUGCAGGACUAGCUGGGACUAGAUCUAGAAGCGCUUGCGAGGGGACGACUUCGGUGAUUGAGGAGGGCGUGGACGAGUCUGGUAUGGGAUGCAGUGGAAAGGAAGGGCCCAGUCCACAAAUCCGGAGUAGCUCUGUGGAUGAACCCGAGGCACCCUCUUCCCGGUUGCCCUUUUAUUUGGCAACACGAGAGCCCACAUGUUCUCUGUUCAAAUUCUGGGAAACUCUGUUUCUGGGUGAAUUUAUCCUGCAUUGUAGGAACUCCCCAGGGCCUUUUCUGAUACUUUGUACAGACGUGGGAAAGAUGUCAGAAAACAGGAAGCCACUUCUGGGUUUCGUGCACAAACUCCCCGAUGCGAACGCAUCUGGGAACUCAGGCAAGACUCACUGCCCUUCGUGUCUGGGGCUUUUCAAAGCCCCCAGGCUCUUGCCUUGCUUGCACACGGUGUGCACCACAUGUCUGGAAAAGCUGGAACCGUUCUCGGUAGUGGACAUCCGUGGAGGUGACUCAGACACAAGCUCUGAGGGGUCCCUCUUCCAGGAACCCAAGCCACGCAGCUUGCAGCCGCAGGUUGGCAUCCUCUGUCCGGUAUGUGAUGCUCAGGUGGACCUGCCCUUGGGUGGAGUGAAGGCGUUAACGAUAGACCACCUGGCCUUGAAUGACGUGAUGCUGGAGAGUCUGCGUGGGGAAGGCCAGGGCCUGGUGUGUGACCUGUGCAGCGACCGAGAAGUAGAGAAGAGGUGUCAGACCUGCAAGGCAAUUCUCUGCCACUUCUGCUGCCAGGCUCAUAGGCGGCAGAAGAAGACGAUGUAUCAUACCAUGGUGGACCUGAAAGACUUGAAAGGCUACAGUCGGGUUGGAAAGCCCAUCCUGUGUCCUGCUCACCCUGCGGAGGAGCUGAGGCUGUUCUGUGAACUCUGUGACCGGCCAGUGUGUCGGGACUGUGUGGUUGGGGAGCACCGGGAGCACCCCUAUGACUUCACCAGCAACGUCAUCCACAAGCAUGGAGAUUCUGUGCGGGAGCUCCUGAGAGGCACCCAGCCCCACGUGGAGGCCCUGGAGGAAGCCCUGGCUCAGAUUGAAAGCAUGAACAGUGGCCUCCAGGAGCGAGUGGAGGCCGUGGCGGGUGACGUCCGAACAUUCUCUGAGGGCUACAUCAAAGCCAUCGAGGAACACCGGGACAGACUGCUCAAGCAGCUGGAUGACAUACGGGUCCAGAAGGAAAAUUCUUUGCAGUUGCAGAAGGCCCAGCUGGAACAGUUGCUGGCUGAUAUGCGGACAGGGGUGGAGUUCACCGAGCACCUGCUGACCAGCGGCUCGGACCUAGAAAUCCUCAUCACCAAAGGGGUGGUGGUCGAACGGCUCCGGAAGCUGAACAAAGUUGAGUACAGCGCCCGCCCGGGAGUGAAUGAUAAGAUCUGCUUCUCUCCUCAGGAGAAGGCUGGCCAGUGCCGGGGCUAUGAAGUCUACGGGGCCAUUAACCAAGAAGUUGAUCCCGCUAAAUGUGUCCUUCAGGGAGAAGAUCUCCACAGAGCUCGAGAGAAGCAGACAGCCUCUUUUACCCUGCUUUGUAAGGAUGCUGCCGGAGAGAGCAUGGGCCGGGGAGGAGACAACGUCCAGGUCGCAGUCGUCCCCAAAGAUAAGAAAGACAGUCCCGUCAGAACGGUGGUCCAGGACAACAAGGAUGGAUCAUACAAUGUUUCCUUCACCCCAAGGAACCUGGAGGUCUACACCGUGUGGGUCUGCAUCAGAGAGCAGCAUGUGCAGGGCUCACCAUUCACCAUGACGGUGAGGAGAAAGCAUCGCCCGCAUCCAGGGGUGUUUCACUGCUGCACCUUCUGCUCCAGCGGAGGCCAGAAACUGCACGCUGUGCCUGCGGAGGCCACCAUGCCAGGUGGGUACCUCGGCUGUGGCCAUGGACACAAAGGACACCCAGGUCGUCCGCACUGGUCUUGCUGUGGGAAGUUCAUGGAGAAGUCUGAAUGCACAUACACAGGUGGGCAGAGCGCACCGAGGAGUCUGCUUAGGACUGUGGCCCUCUGACAGCUUACUGGGUACAAGUUCAGUCUGGUAAACUUGAAGCCAGCAUUACUUCAGAUGUGCGGAGGACCGAAAAGCUUGAGUAGUUCUAAAGAGACUGACAGAAUUAAAGACAGAGUGCUUUCUCUAACCUAA